UUCGCAUAUUUCUCUCUAAAUCCCCCCCUCUCUCUCUCCUUACAAACACUAAACCUAGCCUUAUAUCAAAAUAGAAAAAAUAUAUAUUUUAUAUAUAGAUAUAUACACAGAGAUAUGGCUGAACAAAAUUUGCCAGUAAUAGCAAAGAAAUUCUGGAAUAUCGUACGAAUAGCAUUUUUCAUGCUAAGAAAAAGCAUAUCAAAGCGGAAACUAAUGGUCGAUUUCAACUUAAUUAUGAAGCGCGGCAAAAUCGCUAGUAAAGCCGCUAUACAAAAUCUCAUGUUCCACUACAUGACUCACCAAUGGUCGUUUGCCGUGGAUAAAAAUUUACCCUUCUCUCCUCCACACAACAACAACGAGUAUGAAUUCAGCUGUAGUAACACCCCGAAUUUCCAACUCCCUUCUUUCAACUUCAACAAACGAAACAAAAAUAAAUACCUUUUUUCACAGUCGCAGACGUAUGAUAAUAAUAUGUCUGCCAUCGCGACUCAUGAGGAUGACGUAAUUGUUGUGAAUGCGGCUGUGAUGAAAGCGCUAGAGAUGAUUCAUGAAAGCGAAACGGCUUCCCCCGGGGCAAAUUACUUGCCCGGGUUUGGGAGGACACCUUUGGUGAGGCAACUGCGAGUCACUGACUCGCCGUUUCCUCUAAACACGGAAGAAGAUAGCCGCGUUGAUGAGGCGGCUGAAGCCUUUAUUUCCAAGUUUUAUAGAAAUCUGAGGUGGCAAGCCUCGCCGUGUGCUUAAUAGUAUACUCGAGGAGAUUUAAUGCAAGCAUGCAUAAUAUAUAUGAUUGUAUAACUAUGAAGAUUGGGAGCUGUGAAUAGUGUACGUGCAGCUUGUUUGCAUGUACAUAUAUAUGAUUUCCGUUCUCUCUUCAAGUUUUUUUUUUCUUUUGGGGUAUUUGGAAAUCUACAGAAAUGAAAAUAUAUAAUAUUAGUAUUUAAAUGAAAUGCUAUCUUCGAUCU